CGAGGCUCAGAUGGCGGCGGCCGCGGCGCUGGCCCGGCUCGAGCUGAAGCCCAAGGGAAAGGCGCCUUCCUGCUCCCAGGAAUCCAUCAAGAACCAGGUGAGGAGAGAGCUGAUGGCCGAGGCAGCUGCCAGCGAGAAGGGGCUCCCCGAGGAGGAGAAGGAGCAGGAGGAAGGGGAAGCUGCUCCCUCUGUCUCAGGGGUCUAUUUUAUCUGCCCCUUGACCGGUGCCGUCGUGAGGAAAGACCAGAAAGAAAAGCACCUCCGGGAAGCCAUCCAGGCACACUUCUCUGUGGAUCCAGUGGCUGCUUCCAUCAUGGAGAUCCACACCUUCAACAAGGACCGGGAGAAGGUCCGGGUGGGCGUGGAGACCAUGGCCAAGUACCUGGACAACAUCUGCCUCCAUCCAGAGGAGGAGAAAUACCAGAAAAUCAAACUGCAGAACAAGGUGUUUCAGGAAAGGAUAAGCUGCUUGGAAGGGGCACACAAGUUUUUCCAGGCCGUGGGGUUUGAGACAAAAACGUUGCCUGUUCCAGGACAAGGCAAGGAAGGGCAGAGUGUUGGUAAGGCGUCCAUGCUGAGGACAAGAGCCAUGAGGGAGAAGGAGGAGCAGAGGGAGAUGAGGAAGUACAACUACACCCUGCUCCGGGUGCGCUUUCCCGACGGAUACAUCCUCCAAGGGACUUUUUAUGCCCGGGAAGCAGUGUCUGUGCUCUACAGCUUUGUGAGGGAAGCACUCAGAGAUGACUGGUUGCCCUUUGAGCUCCUGGGACCUGGAGGGGUCAAACUGACUGAUGAGAACUUGGCCUUCAAUGAGUGUGGGCUGGUGCCCUCGGCCCUCCUGAGCCUGUGCUGGGACGCAGCAGUCAUGGCAGACAUCGAGGCAGCAGCAGAGGAGCAGCCCCAGAGCCCCCUGAGGCCGGAGCUCCUGGCCAGGGUGCAGACCCUCCCCUGAAAUAAAGGGCAGUGGGGUCAGUGCUGCUGGUUUUAGCCUCUUCCCUCCCUUUCCCAGCGGGGUGAGCUCAGGGGUGGCUG